AUGGAUCCAGGCUGGCAGAUGCGAUGCCUGGAGAAUUGCGCUUACCUGGUUUGGCCUCCAUGCCGUGUAGGGAUCGAGUUCGCACCCCCUUCUCCCGCGGCGGUGGGGUGUGAACAAGGUGGGAAGACGGGGAAAGAUGUGGUGAUACGACCUUGGGGACCCCAUUUCGCCGCAUAUCGGUAUCCCGUGUAUGGGUUGACAUCAUCGACGAUUUGCUUGGCAGAGGUCCCGCAUGCGAAUUGUAGUGAUCAUUUUCACCAUAACCUCUAA